AUGUCCGUAGCUCGGCUUCCCGCUGAAAGCAAUAAUCCGAAGCCUAAAAGAGCCAAAGUGGAAAUCCGACCAGUUCUGGGCUUCUCGGACGAGGACAAGAUCAAAACCAUUCAACCCCAUAAUGAUGCUCUAGUAGUCACACUCAUGAUAGGAGGGUAUGACGUGAAGAGAGUGUUAAUGGACCAGGGUAGCAUUGUCGAGGACAUGUACCCCGACCUGUACAAGGGGUUGAGGUUAAAACCCGAGGACCUGACAACCUACAAUUCCCCUCUGAUUAGUUUCGAGGGGAAGACUGUUAUUCCAAAGGGUCUGACCAGACUACCCAUACAGACUUGUUCGGAAAUGGUGGAGGUAAACUUCAUCGUGGUGGAUGCCUAUUCCCCCUACACAGUUAUUAUGGCCAGACCCUGGCUCCAUGCUUUGGAAGCCAUUUCAUCCUCCCUGCACUAG